AGGAUAUGCUUAUUCUUCCUCGACUUGACUUCAAUGAAAAAUGAAAUACACUAGAGCUGAGAUUCCGCCUAUGUAGGCACUAAUGAAGGAGACUAAUACAAUUUCAUACAAGCAUAUAGGCCACUCUUCGUGGCGCGGCGUUGCAUUACUUUUACGCCGUAUUCCUAUAAGCAAUGCGAUUGGUCGAUUGUCGUCUAUGAGGCUAGGAUUGCUUCACAUUCAAGAAAUACAAAGCAGGUACUUAUCUUUCCCUAAACGAGGACGUGCUGCUAGUAAUCAUGGAGGACGGGAAAAAGGUCGACGGCAGCUUCUAUAUAUACGCUCCAAACAAGGGAGCGCCGGUGUUCUUCGCAGUCGCCUUUCUAGCUACCGGCGGUGUUCACCUUUGGCAAGCAAUUCAUUAUAAGAGCUGGAAGCUCACCGGGUUAUAUAUUUUAUGCGCGCUUCUAUUCGCCUCGGGUUUCAUUGUGAGAGAGUUGGGGGCUUUCGAGUAUACGAACCUCGCCUAUUAUAUUGCUAGCCAAUGUCUCAUUUACUUUGCACCGCCGCUGUACGAACUCUGCAACUAUUACAUCCUCGGCCGCAUACUUUACUUCGUCCCCUAUUACUCUCCAAUCCAUCCUGGACGAGUACUGACGACCUUCGCCGCUAUUUCCAUGGUCGUUGAGGCACUGAACGGCAAUGGUAUUGCCUAUAUGGCCAAUAGGUCAUUACCGGAGGAACAACAGCGGACGGGCGAGGCGCUAAUGAAAGCCUCGUUGAUAUUGCAGCUCGUAGUUGUGUCGCUUUUCGUUGUGCUCGCCGGCGUAUUCCAAACGAGGUGCCGACGAAACGGCAUCAAUCACGUCAAAGUAAACCAAGCACUCCUAACUCUUUAUAUCAGCACAGCCAUCAUUAUGGUCAGAUGCAUAUAUAGAACAGUCGAGUACUUCGGUUCUACGAACGUCGACUUUUCGGACCCAAACUUUGACUUCUCGGCCUUAAGUCCGAUUGUUCGCUACGAGUGGUUCUUCUACGUGUUCGAAGCGACGCUUAUGUUAUGUAACAGCGUGUUGUUGAACGUCCGCCAUCCGCGCCGCUGGUUGCCAAAUUCCACCAAAGUCUACCUGGCUAAAGAUAACGUGACGGAAAUCAUGGGGCCAGGGUACAAGCAGGAGAGGAACUUUUUGGCCACCCUCCUCGAUCCUUUCGAUAUCUACGGCAUGAUCAAAGGCAGAGAUCAAGCAACGCGUUUUUGGGAUGACAAUGAACUCGAGGGGAGGAAGACUAAUGUUGAUCCAAUGCUAUCGACCGCCGAAAGACAGACUAACAAAGCUGUCUGAAAAUAGAAUGAUUUGAAUUUGGAGUUUCUGGAGCUUGGUGCAUUCCGAAGGCUUCUGCAUAUAUCCACAUGAUUAGUUUAGACGGCACAGUUAGUUGUGUCAAAGAAUAGCAACAAUAC